CGCCCAAACAACUACUUCGUCUUCUCUCGGAAGCCAAAAAUUUGGAAUUUUCUAGUUCAUUCUCCGAAGUCUAAACAGAGGUUACAGAGCGGGUGAAAGAACCAAACUCAGCAUCAGGGAUCAUUUUACUCUGAUUUUUCACUUCAGGCAAUUUUUUCAUCAUGGAUUUGGACCCGGAAGGCGUAUUUGGGGACGACGAAGAGGAGCUUGAAGAUGAUUUUUUUCAGGAAAGAGUAGCUACCAAAGAACUCGUCGUGUAUCUCAUAGAUGCUUCGCCGAAAAUGUUCAGCCCUGCGGGUAAAUUGGAAAAUCAGGAAGAAGAAAGUUAUUUUCACACUGUUGUCAGUUGUAUUUCCCAGUCAUUGAAGACUCUCAUCAUUAAUAGAUCUUAUGAUGAAGUUGCAAUAUGCUUCUUCAACACUAGAGAGAAGAAAAACAUGCAGGAUUUAAAUGGUGUUUUUGUAUUUAAUGUUGCAGAACGAGAAUGUCUUGAUAAGCCAACAGCAAGGCUUAUAAAAGAGUUCAGUCAUAUAGAGGAGCAAUUCAUGGGGGAAAUUGGUAGUCAGUAUCAAAUCAUUCCCGGGAACCGUGAGAACUCCCUCUAUAAUGCCAUUUGGGUCGCCCAAGGAUUGCUACGCAAAGGAUCUGCAAAAACUGUGGAUAAACGUAUACUAUUGUUUACGAAUGAAGAUGAUCCUUUUGGAAGUGUCAGUGGUGCAGCAAAAAUAGAUAUGACACGAACUACAUUACAGCGUGCAAAGGAUGCACAAGAUCUUGGCAUCUCUAUUGAACUUCUCCCUUUAAAUAGGUCGGAUGAGGAGUUCAACGUGGCACUCUUUUAUGCUGAUUUGCUUGGAUUGGAUGGUGACAACCUUACUCAAUUCAUGCCUGUAGCAGGAGAAAAAUUGGAUGAUAUGAAGGAUCAGUUGAGAAAGCGAAUGUUCAAGAAACGAAAAGUUAGAAGAAUCACAUUUUCAGUUGCUGAUAGCAUAUCUAUUGAACUGAAUACCUUUGCUUUGAUUCGUCCAACUCUUCCAGGGGCUAUAACAUGGCUUGAUUCUAUUACCAAUGUCCCUUUGGAGAUUCAAAACUCUUUUAUCUGUGCGGACACUGGUGCUUUACUCCAAGGACACACUAAACGUUUUCAUCCAUAUAAGAAUAAGAACAUUAAAUUUUCUGUGGAGGAGCUAUUAGAAGUAAAAAGAGUUUCUACGGGACAUCUUCGUCUUCUGGGAUUCAAGCCAUUGAGUUGCUUAAAAGAUUAUUAUAACUUGAAGCCAUCAACAUUUCUUUUUCCUAGUGAUAAGGAAAUAAUUGGAAGUACCCGCAUUUUCAUUGCUUUGCACAGAUCAAUGUUACGGCUUCAGCGGUUUGCAGUUGCAUUUUAUGGCAGUUCAAGUCAUCCUCAAAUGGUUGCCCUUAUUGCACAGGAUGAGAUAUCUAAUUCAAGUGGUCAAGUUGAGCCACCUGGAAUGCACAUGAUAUAUCUUCCGUAUUCUGAUGACAUCAGGAAGAUUGAAGAGGUAAGAGAAAUUAUUUUGGGUAGUGUUAAUUUCUUACUGAUGUUGAGCUUUGCUUAUGAAAUUCACAAUUAUACGCAGGUUCAUAUGAAUGUGGAUUCUGUGGCACCUCGAGCAACAGAUGAUCAAAUACAAAAAGCUACUGCUCUAUUGAAGCGUUUGGAUUUGAAAGAUUUUUCUGUUUAUCAGUUUGCAAAUCCUUCUUUGCAGAGACACUAUGCAGUUUUAGAGGCCUUAGCCCUUGAUGAGGAUGAGAUGCCAGAUAUUAAAGAUGAAACUCUUCCAGAUGAAGAAGGCAUGGCUAGACCUAAAAUUGUCAAUGCACUGGAAGAAUUCAAGGUUUCUGUCUAUGGUGAGAAUUAUGAUGAAGACUAUAUGGAGAUAUCGGUAAGUGAGGCCUCUAAAAAGAGAAAAGAUAUUGUUGAAAAUGCAGUGAAGGAAUGUGCAAAUUACAACUGGGCUGACCUUGCAGACAACGGAAAGUUGAAGGAUUUGACAGUUGUGGAACUUAAGUACUAUCUCACAGCACACAACCUCCCCGUUACUGGGAAGAAGGAAGCUUUGAUCAACAGAAUAUUAACUCACCUGGGGAAAUAAGUCUUCUACUUGAUCUUGACAUCUUGUCAUUGCGGAACGAAAAAUUUAAGCCUGUGAACUCAAUAGAAACCUUGUUUCCAAGAAGGAAGAGACGAUAUAUUUUACUUUGUAAAUGGGUUUAGGCCUUCAGGCCCUUAGAACCAUCAACAGAGGAUGUUGUUAAACAUGAAAGGUAAUCAUAGUUAAGGGAUAAGGGGUCGAGAGAGAGAGAGAGAGAGAGAGAGAGAGAGAGACAAGGAGUUCUGAUUCUCUAUAACUGUUGUACCACCCUUUGAUGACCAGUAAGCUGAUCUAGUAUGAAAUCUUUGAGUUCCAUUUUUCAUGUUAAUAGAAUUCUUUACUGGAUACA